GGCGACAGGCGAAACGUCCAAACCUUAAACUCAUGUUUCUUUCUUUUCUCAUCUGAAAAGACGGCGAUGGACACAGAAUACCUACCCAGACUAGAGUAUCCUUACUAGAGAGAGAACCAGCGCCCAAGCAGAUUCCCUCGCUCCCUGCCGCUCUUCCGUAACUCGGGCACCCACACCUCCUGUAAGGAACAGCGGUCUGUGGGCUCGCGUCGACAGACGUCUCAGCCAGCCGUCCACCCCCUUCGUAACGCCGAAUUGGACCUUGCCUCUGACCGACCCACCCUGGACAUUGCCUGUGUCUGGCCGAGUCUCAGAUCUUCCCGCGAGAUAUGCCUCCGCAUCUUCCUCUGCUCCUAGAGAUUGACUCGCGGCGGGGCGAGUAUGUAUUUGUUGCGCACCCAAAACAAAUGACGACGUUUCUCCCACCAGGGGGCUUCGUCGUCUAGGAUGCCUGCCGGGGGCCGUCGUCGUCUGGGCCAUGUUUGGCCGGCCGGCUCCAUCUCCAGGGUUCGCAUGAUAACAUCAAUGUCUUGCCCUCUCUGCCCGUGUGCCUAGACUCGAUCACACUCGAGUUGACCUCGGUAACUGUGUGACUUCUGUCUUCCCUUCCCUGGUAUCCCAAACCCAAUGCGCAGACUAUCUGUGCUGAAAAAGUCCGGGAAAUGGUCUACCAGCGCCGCGUGUGGACGACACUGCUGUUCUCCGUAGCCGCCUUUUUCCCCUUCAUCAUAAUCUGGAACACCUUUCUCGACAUUGGCGGCGCGCUCCCGGAGCUGUUCCGGGGCUCCUUGGCCGACGACCUCGACGAUGCCAAGUUCGUCGAGCUGGCGGCGGCCGUCGAGUUCCCCACCCCGAUAGACUACGCCCCGAUCAGAGAGGUCUGCACGCGCGGCGGCCCGUCCCACUUCCGGCCGGGCCUGCUCUUCAGCUGCGAGGGCGAGCACGGCGGCAUCGGGAUGGUGCGGAACCAGAUCCUCAAGUGCAUCCGCUACGCCAUGCACGGCGGCGGCGCCCUCGUCGUCCCCUCCAUGGCCAAGCGCAACCCCGGCGACGUGACCGACAUCGAGACGGCCAACGACGUGCCGCUCGAGUACCUCUUCGACCGCCAGGCCUUUGUCCGCCACCUGACGGCCGCCUGCCCGGAAAUGCGCCUCUUCGACCGCGCCGGGGACUUCCCGUCGUACUCCCAGCUGGCGGGGAACGGCCGGCCCCUGCAGCUGGUCGGGGACGAGUUCGAGCGGGGCCGGCCCGAGGGGGCGCCGCUGCAGCACCCGCGCGAGUGGCGGCGCCGCUUCGACGAGUGGCUGGGCGGGCAGCCGGGCGUGCAGCAGCAGCAGCAGCAGCCCCCGUCCGCCGACCGCCCCGUGCACGUCGAGAUCGGCCAGUCCUUCCUCGAGUACCCGGUGCAGGACGACGGGCCCGCCUUCGCGCGCGAGUUCGGCAAGCUCCUCCCGUUCCGGCCCGACGCGCGCGAGCUGGCCGCCCGGGUGCUCCUGGCGCUGCGGCGGCGGUGCGGGCUGCGAAGCAUCGACCCGACCAGGCCCGUCAGCCCGGGCGCCUUCUUCGGCGCGCACCUGCGGCUCGAGCGGGACGCCGUGUGGGCCUGGUCGCCCGACGAGUGGCGCUUCGGGCGCGCGCGCGACCAGUUCGAGGAGCAGGCCCGCUACGCGGCGCGCACGGGGCUCGGCGUCGUCUACGUCGCGUCGGGGAACGAGACCGUCGUCGACAUGCUGGCCGGGUUCAUGGGCGCGCGGCGGGGGCUCGGCGGGGGGCACGGGAGGAGCGAGGACGGCGCGGUGGAAACCCGCCGGCGGAGGAGGAGCCGCAUUCAGGCACGGAGCGGCGGCGGCGACGGGAACGUGACGGUGGUCACCAAGCUCGACCUGCUGCAGGGCGACGACCUGGCGCUGCUGCAGAGCCUGACGUUCGACCAGCAAGCCCUGGUGGACUUCCUGGUCAUGUUCAAGGCGAGCGCCUUCAUGGGGGUCGCGCACUCGAGCUUCUCGUGGAACGUGGCCCUGCGGAGGCACGAAAUGAGCGCCUAUGCCGGCAUCGCCAACGAAGGGUCCGAUCUACUGAGAGACGAGUACAGCAUCAUCAUGGGCGCCAAGCGGGACUAUCCCCGCAUCGACCCGUUCGCAUCAGCCAUGUGGCCAUAGAGAGGAUAAUCCAAGGCCGAGAUAGAGGGGGAAUACCCAAUACGACACUCUGGUUGCUGAGAACUGCACCUGAUACAAGAUGUAUGAACAAGUCAAUGUAAUGAAGCGAGAGUUAUGGCACGAGAAGUGGAAUACGCUCGAUUCUCCGAGGACCUUGAUGAUAAAGCUCAUAAAUAGCAAUGUAAUGACAGGGGACAUUUCAAAAGACAUUCGGGAUCAGAUUAUGCGAAG